AUGGCUUGGGAAGUUCCAUACCAGGAUGCAGUAAAGAAGUUCGUAGAGUUGGCCCAUGAGAAACUUGGAAAUCCUUCUAAGUUUAGUUUUCCUUGUGUGGAUUGUAAGAAUCUUGCUUCACCACUUCCUCCUGGUACAAUACAUACGCACUUGCUAAAACGGGGUAUGGAUCCUACUUACACCGAGUGGGUUCUUCACGGGGAGAAGGUUAGCAAUUUUAAUAAUGUUCGUGAAGAGGGAGCAACACGUCAACGUACUUUCUACCAGAUGUGGACAUAUGCUAAUGUUGAAGGCGAUGUCGAACCAGGGCAAGGGGUUUGUGAACCUAGGCAGGAUGAAGGGUUGCCAAACCACGACGAAGGGUUGCUGAACGAGAUUGAAGAGGUUGACUUCCCUUUAUACCCUGGUUGUCAUUGUCUUCCUAAAUCAACUUAUGAAGUGAAGAAGUUGCUGAAAGCUUUCCAUCUCACUUAUGAGAAAAUACAUGCAUGUCAGAAUGAUUGUUGUUUGUUUAGAAAUGAUUUGAAAGACGCAGAUGAAUGUCCUAAAUGUCACUAUUCUAGGUGGAAGGAAGACACAUCUAACAUGGACAAUGCUGACCUGAUAGACGAGCCCAAAAAGAAUAUACCGAUGAAUGUGCUUAGAUACUUCCCCAUUGUGCCGAGAUUAAGGAGAUUGUAUAAAUCAGCAGAGCUAGAUCAGCAGUUGAUAUGGCACGCGACUCAUAAGAGUAAAGAUGGGAAGAUGCGUCAUCCAACAGAUUCUUUGGCUUGGAAGCACAUAGACACAAAGUUCCCCGAGUUUGCUUCAGAACUGCGUAAUUUGCGUCUUGGGCUUGCUGCUGAUGGACUUAAUCCUUUUUGCGAUCUUUCUGCAUCCCACAGUUGUUGGCCGGUGUUGCUUGUGUUAUAUAAUCAUCCCCCUCAGCUGUGUAUGCAAGGCGACAAUAUUAUUUUAAGCUUGCUGAUUUCAGGAAAGAAACAACCAGGUAGAGACAUCGAUAUAUAUUUGCAACCACUGAUUGAUGAUCUGAUUAAGUUGUGGAAUGACGUGGUCGAGGUUUAUGAUUCGUAUAGUAAGACAAUGUUCAACUUGAAGGCAUUAUUGAUGUGGACGAUAAACGAUUUUCCUGCUUAUGGUAACCUAUAUGGAUGUACGUAUAAAGGGAAGGCAGCCUUCCCUAUUUGUGGUGAUAAUACUCUUUCAAACUAUUUGUCGUUUAGUCGUAAAACUGUUUACAUGAAUCAUAGGAGAUUUCUACCUCAUAAUCAUUCUCUUCGAUCGAUUAAGAAGAAAGCCUGUUUCAAUGGAGAGAUUGAGAGGAAGGAAAAGCCACCUACUAUGUCUGGUGCAGAGGCUUUUCAACGUCAAAGCAGUAUUGUGAAUGACUUUGGAAAAGCGAAGCAGAACGAGGCGGAGAAAAGGAAAGAUAAAGAAGAAUACUUGCAUCCAAAAAUCAUAGAUGGCAAAACAUGGCUUGAACCAGGACCAUAUAACUUAAGCGAUAAGGGAAAGGGUAUAUUUUAUAAUAGGAUGAGAAAUUUGAAAGUUCCAUAUGGGUAUAGUUCUGAUCUUAGGAGGCAUUUCUGUAAGGAUGGUUGCUUGGGUGUCCUUAAGGCUCAUGAUUUCCAUGUUCUUAUGCAACAAAUAUUACCUGUAGAUUUGAAGGAACUUUUACAUGAUGGGCCAAGUACUGCGAUUAACCGGUUAUGUUCUUAUUUUAACGAAAUAUGCCAAAGGGCUGUUGAUCUGACUAGAUUAUUAGAACUUGAAGAAGAAAUUGAUGUGACUUUGUGUAUGUUGGAGAUGUACUUCCCUACAUCAUUUUUUGAUGUGAUGAUACACUUGAAAAUUCACCUAGCUCGAGAAGUGUGUUUAUGUGGACCCGUACAAUAUCGUUGGAUGUAUCCAUUUGAAAGGUAUUUAGAUGUUCAUGCGGACAAAGCAUAUGAAGGAGAAGUAAAUCAAAGCCGUAAUGAAAACAUUCAACAUGAUUCCACACCGGCAGGGUGUCCUCUUUCUAAAGGUGUUCAAGUGUAUAUUGGUAGUGAUAUGCUGAAGAUCGCUCAUAGAUAUGUGCUUUUUAACACAACAACAAUUGACCCAUAUAGAACAAUGCACAUGGAUGAGUUAAGAUCCUCCCAUACUGACGGUGAAGACCAACUCCUUUCCAUACACUCGGACACAUUUGCAGAUUGGAUACGGAAAAAGGUCUCAAUCCCGGAUAAAGGAGGAGAGAAAAGUCAAUACUUUGAGCAUUUGCAUCUUCUUCAGAACUGGUGUUUGCUUCACCAAAACUUGCAUGAAUCUGGUACUAUGUUCUUCCUGAUGGUGUUAGGUAUAAUGAGGCUUCCGAAGAAAACUACGCGGAAAGGCCCAAAGAUAUCUUCGUCGAUUGAUCCUCCUCCGCGAAUGGAUCAUCCUGAUGCUACGCCAUCUCCUCCUCCUGAGGUACCUGCGGGUACUGAGAUGGCUACAGUUGCUUAUGAAGCUGCAGAUGCUGAGGCUAAAUAG